AUGCUCGCGUCGGAGUCUCGAGAUAAUCUUCAGAAACAAGUACAGUCUUGGAAGGAUCGGCUGCAGCAACAUGGAUUGCGCCUCAAUGUAUCAAAAACUGAGUACAUGGAGUGCGGACCAAGGAUAGAGGAUGGUUCAAUUCGUGUCGAUGGCACCGAAUUAAACAAGGUGGACUGUGUCAAGUACGUUGGAUCCAAAAUGACUUCCACUAGCGACAUUGAUUAA